AUGGCCAUGGAGACGACGACGACGACGGAGCUGCCGGCCGAUAACAACAAUAGCGUCAUUCCUCUGCUGACCCCCUACAAGAUGGGCGAGUUCCAGCUCCAGCACCGGGUGGUGCUGGCGCCGCUGACGCGGCAGCGCUCCUACGGCAACGUGCCGCAGCCGCACGCCGCCGUCUACUACUCGCAGCGCGCCACCCGCGGCGGCCACCUCAUCACGGAGGCCACGGGCGUCUCCAACACGGCGCAGGGCUACACCGACACCCCGGGGGUGUGGACACCCCAGCAGGUCGUCCGCGCCGUGGCCGCCGAGGUCGGCGCGGGCCGCGUCGGCGUGCGGCUCUCGCCGUUCACCGACUACAUGGACUGCCACGACUCCGACCCGGAGGCCCUGGCGGGGUACCUGGUGGACAGGCUCAGCGACGUCGGCGUGCUCUACUGCCACAUGAUCGAGCCGAGGAUGGCCAUCGUCGACGGGCGCAGGCAGAUCCCGCACCGCCUUCGGCCGUUUAGGGAGGCGUUCAGGGGAACCUUCAUCGCCGCCGGUGGGUACGACCGGGCGGAGGGGAACAAGGUGGUGGAGGAAGGGUACACGGACCUCGUCUCCUACGGCAGGCUGUUCCUCGCCAACCCGGACCUGCCCCGGAGGUUCCGCCUCCCCGACAACCGCACCACCUUCUACACCUCCGACCCCGUCGUCGGGUACACCGACUACCCAUUCCUCGACGACGACGCUGCCGACUCCGACGACGCCGGUGCCGACAAAUAA